AUGGAUGAAAAACACCACUGUGAAAAUAGAAAAAUGCAAAUUCAUAACUUUUAUGAUAAAAAUGUAAAUAAUAACAAUGAAAAUGAUUUAAAUUUGUCUUCUAUAAAAUAUCCAGAUUUUGAAAAUGAAUUUGAAAUGUUUUAUAAAACCACGCCGAAAGAAACAUGGGUACGACCUAAAGCCGAAGAAAGUGAAAAUAUACAAUAUUUAAAAAAAAAAAAUAAAAUGGAAUACCACCAUACAAAUAAUUUACAAAACUUAAAGCAAUUGAAAAGGCGCUAUCAAACUAAAUUAAAAGAAGUUGAAGGGGCUACUAGCAACUUUAGUGUAAAUAGAAAAAAUGUUCAAAAUGAAAAUAAUUUAAGACGGAACAAAUCUAUAGAACAAAUUUUAAUGGACAUUCAAGAUGGCCCCAAUUUGAGAAAUACCAAUGAUCAUCAAAUAUUUAUUAGUGAUCAAGAAUGUUCUCUUUUUAAUGAUUCAAACAAAAUAUAUUUAGAUCCUGUAGUAAACCCAAGUGAUAUCAACACAGCAUGUGAACAGAAUGCACAAUAUCUAGAACCAGAGCAAUAUAACAUCAUUUAUAUUUGGCAUGAAGGCACCAAAUUAACUUAUACUUGGCAUAAUACAAUGGAAGAAGAAUAUAUAAAAAAAGGUAUAUACGAUUUUUGUAUAAAUAUUAUUAAUGACGAUUUUUAUUUAGUUCGAAUAAAAAGGCUGGCAAAAGAAAAUGUAACCAACUCAGAAAAAGGUGAAAUAAAAAAUGGCAUUUACUACAAACUAUUUGAGGAAUAUUAUUACAAUGAUUUUGGAAAUAUACGAAAUUGUGAAGAGUAUCUAAUAAAAAAAAUUGAUUUUAAUAAAUCAGCCAAAAUUGAUGAAAAGGAAAAAGUAGAAAACGUAGAAAACAUAGAAAACCUGUCUAUAGACAAUGAAAAAGCAAAUGAAAACAAGUUUGAAGAAUUUAUUAAUCCUCUUAAUUUUCCCGAAGUUUUAAGAGCUAUAGAAUAUGCAAAAGAAGGAAGUAACUUAUUAAAACAUACAAUUUUUAAUAUCCCCCAUUUAAGAUAUUUUAUUUUAAGUAAAAAUUUAAAAUAUAUAAGAUGGUUUUCAUCAAGAAAAUAUGAAGAAGAUUGUAAAAUAUAUUUUAAAGAUAUUAACAGUUUAGAAAUAAAUAAUUUGAAUGAUCCUAUUUUUUCAAAUUAUCAAAUGGAUUUAUUAAAAAAUUUUACAUUUUGUAUAAUAUAUAAUAAUCAAAAAAAAAAAAUAACAUUAACAUGUAAAUGUCUUUACGAGUUUAAUACUUGGGUUACUGUUAUUCGUUCUCUUAUGUUUAAAUCAAAAGAUUUAAAAACAACAAAAAGAAUAUUAUUGUCUCAUAUUUAUCAAAAUAAGUGUGGAAAUCAAUCUGAUAACGAUCCUAGUCAUGAUAUUCAAACCGGUGCCCAUAGUAAAACUGGCUGGCAAAAUGGUUGGCAAAAUGGAUGGCAAAAUGAGGAAGAGAAUAGGCUAAAGACAUUCCACCUGUUCAACCUGAUAAAGUUCCCGAAUUACAACAUCUACCAAGCUAAAAUAAAAUUUUUAUUACUAAAGGAAAAGUUUUAUAAAUAUAAAAUUAGGAUUGAAGAAGAAAUAAAUGAAUAUAAUUCAAGCAAGGAAAAUGAAAUUGAUAAAGUUAACCUAUCAUCAUUUCAGGAUAAAAAAAAUAUAGAGGCUAAUGUAAAUAGUAGAAUAAAUAUGGAGAUAUAUGAUGAUAAUAUUUUUGAAAUAAGUGAAAAUGGAUCUGAUUUUAUUGAAGAAAAAUAUGAUUCAUCUAGUCCUGACCUACUCAUAGAUGCAUACUCAUAUAUAGAUGAAGAUUCAAAUGAAUUCAAACUUCGAUUGAUAAUAAAAUUUUAUAAUCAACUAGAUGAAAAAAUAAAAAUGAUUCAAAAAAAUAUUUUAGAUGUUGGAAGGUUAAUAAAACGAAACGGAUCAUUAUACAUACAUCAAAGUCAACAAAAUGGAUUUAACAUUGAAGAUAUAUUUAAACAAGCAAUUGAACUAUACAAAAGUUUAGAAAAUAAAUUGUUUAAAAAUAAAAUAUCUAAUCCUAAUACAACAAAAUAUAUCAAUUAUGGCAUAAAAGAAAAUGGAAAAAAUACUUUUAAAAUUGAAAAUAUCAUACCUGACUAUCAAUAUUAUAAAAACAUUUUUAAUACAUCCUUUUUUAAUAUGAGCACGGAUAGAAAUAAAAUCAAAACUGAACUUUGUAAUAUAGACACUUUUGAGAGAUACUACGAAUAUGAUCACUUUCCAAUUAUAGACAACUAUCCAUAUUCAAAUGAGAAAUGGAAAAUUAGAGAAGAUAGGAAAAUAUCAAAUUGUCUUGAAGAUGUGGUUGAAGAAAUAAAUAAUAUGAUAGAAAAAAUCAUGUUCGAUUUAUGGAUGAGUGAAAUAAAACUAGCUAAUAUAGAAGAUAUAUAUAAUAUAUAUGUUUAUAAUUUAAAAACAAAAAACCAAAUGCAGCCUUCAUAUAUCCCUAAUAUUGAUACCCAACAUAUUUGGAAAUAUAUUUCUAACCUAUUCUCAGAAACAGUUUUGAAACCCAGUCGUGGGUAA